GAUGACUGUGCCAGUAGCAGGAGCCUGUGUGCUGUGGAAAUAAUACACCGGACGGAUGAAAACAUUUUUAAAUCCACUCUGUAUCCGGUGUCUAAAUUGCCCGGACGAAAACUAAAAACAAAACUCGCGGCGUCACGUUGGAGCCGUCCGACAAUGAUUCAGCGAGUUAUUAUUUUGCGUUUUUGCUCGUAGCUCAAGUAACGGUAGCUAGCUAGCUAGCUAUUUAGCUAGCGCGUGCCACGACUGUCUGGCUGUUGAACCGGGGCCUCCGAGCCUUAACAAAGUAUCCUUAUCCUUCCCAGACAUGCUGCUAACCGGUCAUCAAGCAAAACUGCUCCUUUUGUGACUGGUAACUGAAAUCCAGCUUCCAAAGGGUGACUUGUUAACACCAGGUAAUGUGACCGGAACAUGCUGUUAAGUGGAUAUUGCCAAAUUAUCUUCUAAACAGCAAAUAGAGAUUAUCGACAAUGAAGGUCGACAGAAGCAAGUUAAAGAAAACUCCCACGGAAGCUCCUGCUGACUGCAGGAUACUUAUAGAGAAGCUCAAGGCAUGCAGUGAUGAGCAACUGCUCGUUGAACUGCAGCACAUCAAGACCUGGAAUAUUGGCAAGUGUGAGCUCUACCACUGGGUCGAUCUGCUGGACCGCUUUGAUGGCAUUCUGUGUGAUGCAGGCCAGACAGUGGAGAACAUGUCAUGGCUGCUGGUGUGUGAUCGUCCAGACAACGGACAGCUCAAAGCCUUGCUUUUGGCAGUGCUCAACUUCACUGCCUUGCUCAUUGAGUAUAGCUUCUCUAGGCACCUCUACAGCUCCAUAGAGCACUUAACCACCUUGUUAGCGUCAUGUGACAUGCAAGUGGUCCUGUCUGUGUUGAACCUACUUUAUGUGUUCAGCAAGCGCUCGAACUACAUUACAAGACUAGGAUCUGACAAAAGGACACCUCUUCUGGCACGCCUGCAACACCUGGCUGAGAGCUGGGGAGGGAAGGAGAAUGGCUUUGGUUUGGCUGAAUGCUGCAGGGAUCUGCCUAUGACGAAAUAUCCUCCCAGUGCCACCACUCUACACUUUGAGUUUUAUGCCGAACCAGGCCCUGAAGUCAAAGUUGAACGGAAGCAGACAAGUAGUAACACACUACACUACAUUCACAUUGAACAGCUUGACAAGAUUUCAGAGAGCCCAUCAGAGAUCAUGGAGUCUCUGACAGUGAUGUACAACAUCCCUAAAGACAAGCAGACCCUACUGUUCACGCAUAUUCGACUGGCCCAUGGUUUCUCAAAUCACAAGAAGAGAUUGCAGGCUGUGCAGGCCCGACUGCAUGCCAUCUCUAUUCUGGUGUAUUCAAAUGCACUCCAAGAGUCAGCCAACAGUAUUCUGUAUAAUGGCUUAAUAGAGGAGCUGGUGGAUGUCUUACAGAUAACAGACAAACAGCUUGUGGAUAUCAAAGCAGCAUCUUUGCGCACUUUAACUUCGAUUGUUCACCUGGAGAGGACGCCCAAGCUUUCCAACAUCAUCGACUGCACUGGCACUGCGUCCUACCACGGCUUCUUGCCUGUGUUGGUGCGCAACUGUAUACAAGCAAUGAUCGAUCCUCUGAUGGAACCGUAUCCACACCAGUUUGCCACUGCACUCUUCUCAUUCCUCUACCACUUGGCCAGCUAUGAUGCUGGAGGGGAAGCCCUUGUAUCCUGUGGUAUGAUGGAAGCCCUUCUGAAGGUGAUCAAGUUCUUGGGGGAUGAGCAGGACCAGAUCACGUUUGUGACUCGAGCAGUGCGUGUUGUGGACCUCAUCACUAAUCUCGACAUGGCUGCCUUUCAGUCCCACAGCGGCCUUUCCAUUUUUAUCUGCAGGCUAGAGCAUGAGGUGGACCUAUCAAGGAAAGAGUGCCCUUUUGUCAUCAAGCCAAAGAUUCAGAGGCCUAGUGCAACUGUCGAGUCUGAGGACAUGGACACAGACAUGGAGAUGUCAGAAGUUGCUAUGGAAAGCAGCCCUGGACCAUCGACAUCUUCUUCUUCUUCCAGACCAGAGGGAGACCACCGAGCACAGAGCAGCACUGCAAACACACCUCGAGCAGGUAUGCAGUGUAUCCCCCAGAGGGCAGCUCUGUUGAAGUCAAUGCUAAAUUUCUUGAAGAAAGCCAUCCAGGACCCUGCCUUUUCCGAUGGCAUCCGCCACGUAAUGGAUGGGUCCUUGCCUACCUCACUCAAGCACAUUAUCAGCAAUGCAGAGUAUUACGGCCCUUCACUGUUCCUCCUAGCGACCGAGGUGGUGACGGUGUUUGUGUUCCAGGAGCCAUCCCUGCUCUCCUCCCUGCAGGAUAAUGGUCUCACUGAUGUCAUGUUGCAUGCCCUUCUCAUCAAAGACGUUCCCGCUACCCGUGAGGUGUUGGGUUCUCUGCCCAAUGUGUUCAGUGCCCUCUGCCUGAAUGCAAGAGGCCUGCACUCCUUCGUUCAGUGCCAGCCCUUUGAGCGCCUCUUCAAAGUGCUUUUGUCCCCUGACUAUCUGCCUGCCAUGCGACGGCGGCGUAGCUCUGACCCUUUGGGUGACACUGCAUCCAACUUGGGCAGCGCUGUAGAUGAGCUCAUGAGACACCAGCCCACUUUGAAAACAGAUGCUACUACUGCUAUUAUUAAGUUACUGGAGGAGAUCUGCAACCUAGGUCGAGCUCCUGAGUACAUCUGUCAGAAACCAUCUAUCCAGAAAGCAGAUGGUACGGUGGCGGCACCGCCUGCACGUUCCAGCCACGCUGCUGAAGAAGCUUCGAGCGAGGAUGAAGAGGAAGAGGAGGCCCUCCACACAUUCAGCCAGCAGCAGGGGGAACCAGAGAGCAACAGACAGUCAGUGCCACUUGAACUGGUGGUAGGCACCGAGGAGCGGAUACCAAUUCCUCUAAUGGAUUAUAUUUUGAAUGUGAUGAAGUUUGUUGAAUCCAUUCUGAGCAACAACACCACAGACGACCAUUGUCAGGAGUUUGUCAACCAGAAGGGGCUGCUGCCUCUUGUCUCUAUUCUCGGCCUGCCCAACUUGCCCAUAGACUUCCCCACCUCAGCUGCCUGCCAGGCUGUAGCUGGUGUCUGCAAGUCCAUACUGACGCUCUCACAUGAGCCUAAGGUACUCCAGGAGGGCUUGUGCCAACUGGACAGUAUUCUGACAUCUUUGGAGCCACUUCAUCGGCCAAUUGAGGUGCCUGGUGGGUCUGUGCUUCUCAGAGAACUGGCUAAUGCGGGCCACGUCACAGAUGCCACGUUGUCAGCUCGUGCUACGCCGCUCCUACAUGCUCUUACUGCAGCACAUGCCUACAUCCUCAUGUUUGUCCAUACUUGCAGAGUAGGACAGAGUGAGAUCAGAGCAAUCUCAGUCAACCAGUGGGGCUCCCAGCUGGGCUUGAGUGUUCUCAACAAGCUCAGUCAGCUUUACUGCUCUCUGGUGUGGGAGAGCACUGUGCUGCUGUCCCUUUGCACCCCUAACAGUCUGCCUCCAGGAUGUGAGUUUGGCCAGGCUGACAUGCAGAAACUGGUGCCCAAAGAGGAGAAGCCAUCUGGCAGCACUGCAGCAGCCACAGCCUCUGGCUCCAGGAGAAAUGAAUCUGAGGCGGUGGCUGUGGAUUCAUCUGCCGGUGGUCUGUUGGAAGGCAUGGGUCUGGACGGGGACACCUUGGCUCCCAUGGAGACAGACGAACCCUCUGCAACGGACCCUAAAGCAAAGUCUAAACUCACCCCAGCGAUGGCCACCCGUAUCAAACAAAUUAAGCCCUUGCUCUCUGCUUCAUCACGUUUAGGCAGGGCUUUGGCAGAGCUCUUCGGUCUGCUAGUAAAGCUGUGUGUGGGUUCCCCCGUGCGCCAACGUCGCUCCCAUCAUGCCACGAGCACGGGCACUACCCCCACUCCUGCUGCACGGGCCACUGCUUCUGCCCUCACUAAGCUCCUCACCAAAGGUCUCAGUUGGCAACCCCCACCCUAUACACCCACCCCUCGCUUUAGGCUGACUUUCUUCAUCUGCUCAGUGGGCUUCACAUCUCCCAUGCUGUUUGAUGAGAGAAAAUACCCCUACCACCUCAUGCUGCAAAAGUUCUUUUGCUCUGGAGGACACGAUGCCUUAUUUGAGACAUUUAACUGGGCCCUGUCAAUGGGUGGUAAGGUGCCUGUGUCUGAGGGUUUGGAACAUACUGAUCUACCUGAUGGGACAGGGGAGUUUCUGGAUGCCUGGUUGAUGCUGGUGGAGAAGAUGGUUAAUCCAAGCACUGUGUUGGACUCACCCCACUCCCUGCCGGCUAAAAUGCCUGGGGUCACACCCACCAUGCCCCAGUUCAGCGCCCUCCGGUUUCUCAUUGUAACCCAGAAGGCUGCAUUCAACUGCAUCCGCAGUCUGUGGAAUAGGAAGCCUCUGAAGGUGUAUGGCGGCCGCAUGGCUGAGUCCAUGCUGGCCAUCCUCUGCCACAUAUUGAGAGGGGAGCCAGUUAUCCAGGAGCGCCUGGCCAAAGAGAGAGAGGGCACAGUGCGCCCGGAUGACGAGGCAGCUCCAGCAAGUGCUUUGGGACCCAGCGCAGCCCCAAGCGCAUCUUCAGCAGGUGGAGAGGCACCAGCAGUCAGUGGAACACCUUCUGCAGGGCCAGGACCAGGACCAGGACCAGGGCCAGGACCAGGGCCAGGGCCGGCGGCGGCGGCAGCAGCAGCAGCAGCAGCAGCAGGAACGGGAUCAGGAUCAGCUGAGGAUUCUACUAAUUCCACACCUCGCAGAGAGCCACAGGUUAACCAGGCUCAGCUCACACAGGGGAGAUGCAGAGGGAGAGAGAGGCACGCACAGGUCCACCAGCAGCAUCUCCAGCAGCUGAUGGAUAUGGGUUUCUCAAGAGAGCAUGCCAUGGAGGCCCUGCUGAACACCAGCACCAUGGAGCAGGCCACGGAGUACCUACUCACACACCCUCCACCACUUCUUGGUGGUGCAGUCAGAGAUCUGACUAUGUCUGAAGAGGACCAGAUGAUGAGGGCAAUUGCCAUGUCACUCGGGCAAGAGGUCAGCAUGGAGCAGCGUUCUGACUCUCCUGAGGAAGCAGCACGUCGGCGUGAGGAGGAAGACAGGAGAGCCAGGGAGCGGGCAGAAGAGGAAGAGGCACGCUGCUUGGAGCGCUUCAUGGAGGCUGAGCCUCUGGAUCCCAAGGAGCUACACGCUUUCACCGACGCCAUGCUGCCGGGCUGCUUCCAUCUUUUGGAUGAGCUUCCUGACACAGUCUACAGACUCUGUGACUUGCUCAUGACUGCCAUCAAGAGAAGCGGCCCAGAGUACAGGGACCUUAUCCUUGGCCAAGUUGUCCAUCAGGUGUGGGAGGCAGCAGACGUGCUAAUUAAGGCAGCUGAGCCCCUUACUACCAGUGACACAAAGACGGUGUCUGAGUGGUGCAGACAGAUGGCCACACUGCCCCAGGCCUCCAAGCUGGCAACACGAAUUCUGCUGCUCACAUUGCUCUUUGAGGAGCUGAAACUGUUAGGUGCAAGAGUGGUGGAGAACAGUGGGAUUCUUAAUUUACUAAUUAAGCUACUUGAGGUGGUGCAGCCCUGUCUACAAGCAGCUAAAGAACACAAAGACAUCCAGACACCAAAAUGGAUCACACCAGUACUGCUGAUCAUUGACUUCUAUGAGAAGAUGGCAGUCUCUUCAAAGCGCAGGGAACAAAUGAACAAGUAUCUGCAGCCCAAUGGGAAUAACUGGCGUUGGUUUGAUGACCGCUCAGGCCGUUGGUGCAGUUACAGUGCAUCCAAUAACAGUACCAUUGACUCAGCGUGGAGGGCCGGGGAAAGCAGUGUCCGCUUCACAGCUGGACGGCGGAGAUACACUGUGCAGUUUAACACCAUGGUGCAGGUAAAUGAAGAGACUGGUAAUAGAAGGCCAGUGAUGUUGACUGUCCAGAGAGUGCCUCGCAUUCCCAAGCCUUCUAAGACCGGUAGCGUCACUGACUCUGAAAGAGAGGAGGGAGACAGGGCCAAAGUGGAUGAAACCCAGACUGAACUAGACUCAGGGGCAGCGGUGGAGAUGAGUGCUCCCAAGGAUGAUUCCAGCCAGCUUAAGGAGACCACCUCCGGCCCCUCAGCCUCCUUGGAGUCUGACUACUCUCAAGGAGCCGAUAUUGUCGUACAGGGCCUGACUGAGGACAUGACCACUGUUCUUAUUCGGGCUUGUGUCAGUAUGAUCAGUGUUCCUGUGGACCCGGACACCCUUCAUGCCACGCUGCGUCUGUGUUUACGCCUUACACGCAAUCACCACUAUGCAAUGAUGUUUGCUGAACUGAAGAGCACACGGAUGAUUUUGGGGCUGACGCAGAGCUCCGGCUUCAACGGCUUCACCCCACUCGUUACUCUGCUCUUCAGACACAUCAUAGAAGAUCCAGCCACCCUCCGUCACACCAUGGAAAAGGUGGUGAGGUCAGCUGUGACCAGCGGAGCAGGUAGUACAACCUCAGGAGUGGUGUCAGGCAGCCUUGGUUCCAGAGAAAUCAAUUACAUUCUUCGAGUCCUGGGCCCUGCUGCCUGCCGUAACCCUGAAUGCUUUGCCGAGACUGCCAGCAACUGUGUCCGCAUUGCCCUGCCUGCGCCCCGUGGAGCUGGCACAACUUCUGAUGAUGAGUUUGAGAACCUUCGAAUUAAGGGGCCCAAUGCUGUGCAGCUGGUGAAGACCACUCCUCUGAAACUUUCUCCCUUACCCUCUAUCCCUGACACUAUCAAGGAGGUCAUCUAUGACAUGCUCAAUGCUUUGGCUGCCUACCACGCUCCUGAAGAACCUGAGCGUCCAGAAGAACGUGCUGCAGCUGUGCCUGGUGGUCAAGACUUGUGCCAGAUUUUGCAGGAUGUGGGUGAUGACGUUUACCAGCAGUACCGACUCACACGUCAGGGAAGCGAUUUUGACUCCCAGUCUGCAUUCCAUAUCAAUAGCCGCAUGUCUUCUUCUCAGGCUCAAGUGUUUGCAGCUGAUGGAGGUGUCGCGGAGUCUUCCCAGUCUGGCACACCACAAGGAGAAGCCUCGACGCCAGAAGAGAUGCGAGAGGAGAAGAAAGAACAAGAGGGAGAGAAGAGUACCAGCUCUGAUGAGGGUAAAGCAGCUAAAGUAAAGGCAAGCAAGCCUCUAAUGCCUACCUCCACCAUCCUGAGACUACUGGCUGAACUGGUGCGCUCUUAUGUGGGCAUCGCCACACUAAUUGCGUCCUAUUGCUACACCGCGGGACAGUCUGAGCUCAUUAAAGAGGAUUGCAGUGUUCUAGCCUUUGUGCUCGACCACUUGCUGCCUCACACCCAAAAUUCAGAGGACAAGGACACCCCAGCUUUAGCACGUCUCUUCUUAGCCAGCCUGGCAGCCGCUGGCACCGGCACUGAUGCCCAGGUGGCCCUAGUGAAUGAGGUGAAGGCUGCCCUUAGUCGAGCACUAGCAAUGGCGGAAGGUGCUGAAAAACAUGCCAGGCUUCAGGCAGUGAUGUGCAUCAUCAGCACUAUCAUGGAAUCCUGUCCCUCAACAUCCAGUUUCUACAGCACGGCAGCAGCCAAGACUCAACAUAAUGGCAUGAACAAUAUCAUAAGGCUCUUUCUUAAGAAAGGACUGGUCAACGACCUGGCCCGUGUUCCUCACAGCUUGGAUCUGUCCAGUCCCAACAUGGCCAACACAGUGAAUGCUGCCCUGAAGCCUCUGGAGACUCUGUCACGCAUUGUUAACCAGCCCAGCAGUCUGUUUGGGGGCAAAGGAGGCUCCAGCAAGAACAAGGCCGAACACGACACUGUGGGCACUGCCAGGGACAGCAACAGCAACACUCAGGACCAAGGGGAGUCUGGUGAGGCAGAGGCAGUGGACGGCAGCCACAGGGUACAGGGAACAGACAGCGACCUGAUGGAUGGAGAGACAGAGGGAGACACUGUGGUCAUUGCUGGUCAGCCAGAGGUUCUCAGCACGCAAGCUAUGCAGGUGGAGAAUGAGUUGGUGGAUCUGAUUGAUGAGCUGUUGGAGAGCGAUGCUGGCGCCGUCAACAGCGCAAUUAUAGUGGGACGCAGCGGUGAAGAUGAAUCUCAGGAGGAUGUGUUGAUGGAUGAGGCUCCCUCCAAUAUCAGUCAAGCAUCAACUCUUCAGGCCAAUCGUGAAGACUCCAUGAACAUCCUGGAACCAGAGGAUGAGGAGCACACACAGGAGGAAGAUUCUAGCGGCAGCAAUGAUGAUGAAGACAGCCAGGAUGAAGAGGAGGAGGAGGAAGAAGAGGAGGAGGAGGAUCAGGAUGAUGAAGAAGGAGAUGAGGAUGAUGAUGAUGAAGGUUCAGAGAUGGAGUUGGAUGAAGACUUCCCUGACAUCAAUGCCGCACCACACAUCCGCUUUGAAAGGUUUGACAGGGAUGAUGACCUCAUCAUAGAGUUUGACAACAUGUUCUCCAACAACGCUGACAUCCCUCCCUCCCCAGGCAACAUCCCUAGCUCCCACCCACUGAUGGUGCGCCAUGCUGACCACGGUUCCCUCACCCUAGGUGUGGCUGGCACUAGCAGCCGCCUGGCACAGGGCAUGGGUCGCAGCCAGCGAACACUGCGCCAGCUCACUGCCAACAGUGGACACACUAUCCAUGUCCAUUACCCCGGCAACCGCCAGCCUAACCCUCCUCUCAUCCUGCAGAGGUUGUUGGGUCCCAGUGCAGCAGCUGACAUUUUACAGCUGUCCAGCUCUCUGCCUCUGCAGUCCCGCGGGCGUGCCCGUCUUUUGGUUGGAAAUGAGGAUGUGCACAUCAUUGCUCGUUCUGACGAUGAGUUGUUGGAUGACUUCUUCCAUGAGCAGAGCAGUACUGGGGGACAAGCAGGCACCCUCUCUAGUAUUCCCACUGCCUUAACUAGGUGGACAGAUGAGUGUAAAGUGCUGGAUGCUGAGAGUAUGCACGACUGUGUUGCAGUGGUGAAGGUGCCUAUCCUGCAGCAUCUGGAGAGUCUGCGAGAUGAGGAACUGGAGGAGCGAAGGGAGAAGAGAAGGAGGCAGCUGGCGGAGGAGGAGGAGUCUAAGCAGAAUGAGAGGAGGGCCUCUGGAGCAGAGCAGGCCAGAGAACAGAGCCUGCAGGUUUCUGGAUUGGGUACAGUUAAUGGUGCAGAAAACACUGCAGAAGGUGAACAGGCUCAGACUGGUACGGUGGCAUGCCUGAACCCACCCAGGGUCUCGGAGGGCUUCCUCACUGCUCCUCCAUCUGGAGAGGUCACUCCCACCACACCUGCUCCUCAUGAACAGGCCCUAGUCUCCCUGGAGACUGCGAUUAGUCAGCAGGUCCACCAGCCAAUUGCUGACCUGCUACUGGCCGAGUCGCAUGCCAGCUCACUGGCUGCUUUGGCAGGGGCUGGCCUUCCACCCUUGUCGGCAACUGAGAGGCCAAACAGUGAAGCAGAGGCAUCUCAGAUGGAAAUGUCUCCGGCACCCACAAUCGGUGAGAGAGUCGGAGGAGGAGGUGGUGGUGGAGGAGCGUUGGAUGAAGGCAGGGAAGCUUCCUUGAGUCCAGACAUCGUAGAAAACUCAGAGCCUACGGUAGUUGGUGUUUCACAACUGGAAGGGUCACCCAUGGAUACCAGCAGCCCAGCCUCAGCCACUCAAGAGGAAGCUGCUCCCAAUGCGGUCCAGACCACACAGCUGUCUCAGGAGCUGUCUGGCAGCGGGGAGAGUGGGCUGACUGACAGGCAGACAGAUGCAGAGACAGGCUCUACUUCUGUUUCAUCUCCUGGGGAAACCAUGCCCAGGAGCGACAGUGCCGACAGCCAGUCUCAGGCCAUCCAGGAAGAGCCCCUCCCAUCUACCAGCAAUGAUGAGGAGGACCCACUUGCAGGCAUCAGUCUGCCAGAAGGUGUCGACCCCUCGUUCCUGGCAGCUCUUCCCGAGGAUAUCCGCAGAGAGGUGCUGCAAAAUCAGCUUGGCAUCAGACCACCCUCCCGUCCUCCCGUCGCUACCAGCCUGCCUUCGACCACUGCACCUGUACUGGGAGGACCAGGGGUCACAGAGGUUAGCCCUGAGUUCUUGGCAGCCUUGCCACCCGCCAUCCAAGAGGAGGUUCUUGCCCAGCAGCGAGCAGAGCAGCAGCGUAGAGAGCUAGCCCAGCAGCCUUCACAGGGAGACACCCCUCUGGAUCCAGUCACCUUCAUCCAGACGCUGCCCUCCGAGCUCCGUCGUAGCGUCCUAGAGGACAUGGAGGAUAGUGUUUUGGCUGUCAUGCCCCCGGACAUUGCGGCUGAAGCAGCUGCAUUGCGCAGAGAGCAAGAGGCACGUCAGAGGCAGCUGAUGCAUGAGAGGCUUUUUGGUCAUAGUUCGUCUUCGGCCCUAUCAGCCAUCUUGCGUUCACCAGCAUUCACCAGUCGGUUAGGAAGCAAUCGCGGCGUACAGUACACCCGACUGGCUGUGCAGAGAGGAGGCACGUUUCAGAUGGGUGGAGGAACAAACCACAGACCCUCCAGUUCAAGUGUGGACUCAUUGUUGCGCCUGCGUGGGCGAUUGCUGCUGGACCAUGAAGCCUUGUCCUGCCUGCUGGUUUUACUGUUUGUGGAUGAGCCGAAGCUUAACACCAGCCGUCUGCACCGUGUGCUCAGGAACCUUUGCUACCACUCUCAGACACGUGGGUGGGUCAUUCGGAGCCUCUUAUCUAUCCUCCAACGCAGCAGUGAGAGUGAAGUUUGUGUGGAAACCUCACGUCUUGAAGACUCUCGUAGCAAGAGGAGUAUCCAGGGAGGCUGUGGAGGAAAAGGCUCUGUCACCUCCUCCUUGUCCUCUUCAUCAUCUUCCUCGUCAUCUUCCUCCUUAGAGCUUCUGAACAGGGUGGAGUCUCGCAGCUCCAGCCAGCUUUCCUGGCUCUCUGUUUCUAUGGAUGCAGCCUUGGGCUGCCGGACAAACAUUUUCCAGAUUCAGCGGGCUUCAGGUAGGAAGCAUGCUGACAGACACUCAGCUGGGAGCUCGACAGGAUCUGGAACACUGGGGGGAGGAGUGACGGGCACUGCUACAGGUGUUACAUGUGCUGCAGGUGGAGGCUCCACUGUUCACAUCCAUCCACAAGCUGCUCCAGUGGUCUGUCGACAUGUGUUGGACACACUUAUCCAGCUAGCUAAGGUUUUCCCCAGCCACUUCACCCAGCAGCGGUGUAAGGAUUUGUCAGCAGCAGCUUCUGAGCUGGAUUCCCGCCUGUGUUCAGGCUCCUCUGGAGGAGGUGGAGGCUCUAGGUCAGGAUCGCAGUCACAGAACAACCCCAGUGUCGCAAACACCCAGAACUCCUUGGGGUCGUCUGCCGUCACUCCCCAGUCUCUGGGAAUCUCCACUGAUUUUUGGGACCUGCUGGUCAAGCUUGACAACAUGAAUGUCAGCCGCAAGGGCAAAGCCUCAAUGAAGACGGUGCCUCUGGGUGGCAGUGCAGAGGCAGAAGGAGCCCAGUUCAGUUUAGAGACAUCCCCUCUUGGCCAGCUGAUGAACAUGCUGUCUCACCCCGUAAUCAGACGGAGCUCUUUGCUCACUGAAAAGCUGCUGCGCCUUCUCUCCUUAAUAUCCAUUGCCCUGCCCGACAACAAGGCCACAGAGGUGCCUGCUGGACACCCCACCCCACAGGCUGCCAAUCCCAACUUGGCAGCCAGCUCAGGAGCCACAGUCUCAGUCACAACACCGGGUGCAGCAGUAGGCUCUAUCCAGCCUGCUGUGACAGUCCAAGGGGCCUCUGCAGUGGUUGUAGCCCAGGGUACUUCCUCAGGGACAAGUCUCGCAACCUCCCAGACAUCCUCUACAACAAUCUCUAUACCCACAUCCACUGGAAUAAUCUCAACAGGAAAACAGAGGGGCACUACUAGCAAUACAGAGAGUGACAAGAUGGCCUCCGCUGGUCUCACAGAGAAACAACUUCAACUUUCUGUGGAGGUGUUGACGUCUCACUCGUGUUCAGAAGAGGGUCUGGAGGAUGCAGCAAAUAUUCUGCUGCAGUUAUCUCGAGGAGACAGUUCCACCAGAGACACUGUUCUCAGAUUGCUGCUCAGUGGAGCUAGACACCUUGGAUACACUCUUUGCAAACAAAUCGGCACGUUACUCGCCGAACUCAGAGAGUACAACUUGGAGCAGCAGAGACGGGCACAGGCGGAUUCCCAUUCCCCAGAUGCCCCUCCUGAGGAUUCCUCUAUAUCAGCCAGGCUGAAGGGCAAGAUGACCAGCAGGUUGGGGUACAGGUUUGACGGGUCCGAAAGCGUGGUGAUAGUGGCCGCACAGAAGCGCACUCUCGGCGGACGGGAAUUGCAGCUUCCCUGCAUGAGCUCCCUAACAUCCAAGACGUCGACGCAGAAGUUUUUCUUGCGAGUGCUGCAGGUCAUUAUCCAACUCCGCGAGGACACUCGACGCGCCAACAAGAAAGCCAAACAGACAGGGCGAUUAGGCUCCACCAGUUUGGGCUCAGCCAGCAGCAUCCAGGCUGCAGUGCGUCAGCUGGAGGCGGAGGCUGAUGCCAUCAUCCAGAUGGUGAGAGAGGGGCAGCGGGCACGUCGGCUCCAGCAGGCCCCCCCUCCCACCGCCCCUUCUGCCUCUGCCGCCGUCGCUGCUGGAUCCUCAGUGGCCGCCCCCCAUGCUCCCACUGGUGCUGCUCCCCCUGCUGGCACGGCUGCUGCUGCCACGUCUGAAGUGCAGUCAGUGUCAGAAGGCCAGGCAGCACAGAGAGAUGACUCUCCCAUGGAUGUAGACCAGCCGUCUCCUCUGGAACAGGACGCUGCACCUCUGGAUGAAGAAGGAAACGGUCAGUCAGAGAGUGAGGAGAGACUUCCAGACCUCCCUCUGCUCAGUGAGCAGCUCCUGUUGGAUGAACUGUGGGACAUGCUCGGGGAGUGCCUGAAAGAGCUGGAGGAGUCCCAUGACCAGCAUGCCGUGCUGGUACUCCAGCCUGCUGUGGAGGCCUUCUUUCUAGUCCACGCCACAGAGCGAGAGAGCAAACCCCCUGUGAGAGACACGAGGGAGAGCCAGCUUUCUCACAUCAAGGACGAACCUCCACCACUGUCCCCGGCGCCCCUGACGCCUGCUACACCUUCAUCCCUAGACCCGUUCUUUUCCAGGGAGCCAUCCUCCAUGCAUAUUUCUUCAAACCUGCCACCAGACACACAGAAGUUCCUCCGGUUUGCUGAAACCCACCGCACAGUGCUUAAUCAGAUCCUGCGCCAGUCUACCACUCACUUGGCUGAUGGGCCUUUUGCCGUGCUGGUGGACUACAUACGCAUCCUGGACUUUGACGUCAAGAGAAAGUACUUCCGCCAGGAGUUGGAGCGACUGGAUGAAGGUCUGAGGAAGGAGGACAUGGCUGUGCACGUUAGGAGAGAUCACGUGUUUGAGGAUUCCUACAGGGAGCUGCAUCGCAAGAGCCCAGAGGACAUGAAGAAUAGGCUGUACAUUGUAUUUGAAGGGGAGGAGGGCCAGGAUGCCGGUGGCCUGCUGAGGGAAUGGUACAUGAUUAUCUCCAGAGAGAUGUUCAACCCCAUGUACGCCCUGUUCCGCACUUCACCAGGCGACCGUGUCACCUACACCAUCAACCCCUCUUCUCACUGCAACCCCAACCACCUCAGCUACUUUAAGUUUGUGGGUCGUGUUGUGGCCAAGGCAGUCUAUGACAACCGGUUACUGGAGUGUUACUUCACCCGCAGCUUCUACAAGCACAUCCUGGGCAAGAGUGUCAGGUACACAGACAUGGAAAGCGAGGACUACCCGUUCUUCCAGGGAUUGGUGUACUUGUUGGAGAAUGACGUGUCCACACUGGGCUAUGAGCUGACAUUCAGCACAGAGGUCCAGGAGUUUGGGGUGUGUGAAGUGAGAGACCUCAAGCCAAAUGGAGCCAAUAUCCUCGUCACAGAGGAAAACAAAAAGGAAUAUGUGCACCUGGUGUGCCAGAUGAAGAUGACAGGUGCAAUCCGCAAACAGCUGGCAGCCUUCCUUGAGGGAUUCUACGAGAUCAUCCCCAAGAGGCUCAUCUCCAUCUUCACUGAGCAGGAGCUGGAGCUGCUCAUCUCUGGACUGCCUACUAUCGACAUCGACGACCUAAAGGCCAACACUGAAUAUCACAAAUACCAGUCCAGCUCCAUCCAGAUCCAGUGGUUCUGGAGGGCCUUGCGGUCAUUUGAUCAGGCAGACCGGGCCAAGUUCCUGCAGUUUGUCACCGGCACGUCCAAGGUUCCCCUCCAAGGUUUUGCUGCUCUGGAGGGCAUGAACGGCAUCCAGAAGUUCCAGAUCCACCGUGACGAUCGGUCCACUGACCGCCUGCCAUCUGCUCAUACCUGCUUUAACCAGCUGGAUCUACCAGCCUAUGAGAGCUACGAGAAGCUGAGACAUAUGCUGCUGUUGGCCAUUCAGGAAUGCUCAGAGGGAUUCGGACUGGCUUAAACUAUGAGACUCUUAAUACACACAGACAUGCAUACACUUAAUUAGACUGGCGUACUCCUGACACAUUCACACUGAUAACCUUUGAACACGCACACACACUAUCAUAGACAUUACUGGAUUACUUGUUGAAUGGCCUAGACUUGCUGGUUUCUAUUCCAUAUAAAGCAGAUAAAACCAGCGAGUGAAAUAGACUGAUUGACAUUGCAUACAACACAGAGAGCCUCAUUUUGACACGGUUGUGUCUCCCUUCCCAUUUUAAUGGCAAAUGCAAGAGGGGAUUCAGAGGAUAAAAACAUGGACUAAUAUAAGAGAUGUUUUCUUCAUUUAGUUUGAUUUCUCUGUACAAAAGGUUUGGGAGUUUAUUAUGUUCAAUCUUUUUUGUUCUCUGGCUGUGUAAAAAGAAAAAAGAGAAUGUUGUUUGAACAGGAUGGUUAUAAAACCUUUGGGGAAAAAAAUGUUGGUGGUUUCCUGUUGCAAAUUUGUGACCUCACAAGCCUUGACGAUGGGGAACAUUUUUAUGGGGGAAGGGAGGGGAGGGGGGGUGUAUGAACAACUUGACAAGUUUUGGAGAUAUUCACAAAAAUGCACUUUUCAAAGUUUUGUGGCAUUUUUAAGGAAGGAUGGUACAAAAAAUGAAGAGAAAACCUGAAGGUGAUAAAAAAAAAACAUUAACCAUAAAUCCUAGAGUAUUUUUGGCUAUUAAAUCGCUGACCCAGCCUUGAGCCUUUGAAUCAGAGUGGAAUAACUACAUGAAUAAAUGCAUAAAAAUGC